AACCUUGUUGGUGUCCACGCCCCUGCUUCUACUCUAUGCAGCCUUAAAAACAAAAUACUGCUUCUGUGUGUUGCAAAAGUGACUGUGUCGGAGCAUGCAGAGAGGAGAGACGUGUCCAGUGGAAGCAGGUUCCUUGGACCCAAGUGCCUGCAUCUUAACAGGUCUAGAGACUCAGCACAUAUUAACGGGGGCUUCUCAGAUUGCUGUUAUGAAACACAAGUCAGAUUUAUGAUCUUUUUCAUACCCAACACGAUAUGCUAUGCUAACACUGCGUGUGACGGUUUAAUCAAAUCCAUUUGUUACCAGGAAGCUGAAAGGGGCCGCUGGGAUUUUAGGAUUACGGACAGAGUUAGGGAAGCAUGUGGCUUUGUCAUUCGCCAUCAUUUUGCACGUUCCCUCAUCCCUUCCCCCACCGCCUGCCUCCCUUGCCACGAGACCCUAGCUUCCCUAAGUGGCUUCACAAUAGUGGAUCCUGGGCCCUGUAAGCUGCUCACCAGAUCCAUGCUUGGGCCCCAAAUACAAGUGACACCCCUCUUCUACUUCCUGCUUGUGGGCUUGGUGCUCCAUGCGAAGCUGCAGCGGCUCAGGCACGCCUAAGUCAACUCAUGCAGAAACAGGAGAAAAGUUUUGGCAUACAAAUGCUCUCAGUUCAGCCAGACACCAAGCCGAAAGGUUGUGCUGGCUGCAACCGCAAAAUCAAGGAUCGGUACCUCCUAAAGGCGCUGGACAAAUACUGGCAUGAGGACUGCCUGAAGUGUGCCUGCUGUGACUGUCGUCUGGGAGAGGUGGGCUCCACCCUGUACACUAAAGCUAACCUUAUCCUCUGUCGCAGAGACUACCUGAGGCUGUUCGGUGUAACGGGAAACUGUGCUGCCUGUAGCAAGCUCAUCCCUGCCUUUGAGAUGGUGAUGCGUGCCAAGGAUAAUGUGUACCACCUGGACUGCUUUGCCUGUCAGCUUUGCAACCAGAGAUUUUGUGUGGGAGACAAAUUUUUCUUAAAGAAUAACAUGAUCCUCUGCCAGACAGACUACGAAGAAGGCCUAAUGAAAGAAGGUUAUGCACCCCAAGUCCGCUGAUCCAUUGAUAUCAUCCCAUAACAACACAAAGCACUACAUUCUUUUAUCUUUUUUGCUCACAUGUAUAUAAGAAUUGACCCAGGAACCUACUAAAUAGGGUAGUGGUAGGACAGCAGGAUGGCCAUAUGGAAUCAAAGGCGGACUGCAUCUCUAUGUAGUGAAAUUGCCCCAGUUCAAGAGUUGAAUGUUCAUUAUUAAAGAAAGAAAAGUCAUGUAUAUAUUGCUGGGUUUUUGCUUGCUAUUCGUUUUUGUGUCACUUGGCAUGAGAUGUUUAUUUUGGACUAUUGUAUAUAAUGUAUUGUAAUAUCUGAAGCACAAAUGUAAUACAGUUUUAUUGUGUUACCAUUUGUGUUUCGUCUGCUUCUUUGUAUUGUUGCAUUUAGUACAAUCAGUGUUUAAACUUGCUGGAUAUUUAUGCUUUCUGUGUCUACCAGCUAUUUUCAAUGAGCUGUACCUUUCUAGUAAGAAUUGAAGAGAAAACCUCACUGAUGACACACAGAUAAAGCAAGACUAUCAACAUUAGAAAUACAAAAAUAAAUAAAUAAACACACGCAGAGCAGUUAGUGACAUCCAAUUCUUAUGGCUACUACAGUUUGGUGUAUUCAUGUUCUCAUGAUAACCCCCUAUUUUCAGGGGACUAAGGAUCAGCUUUAAAAAAAUGAUAAAGAUUUCAUCUUAAAGCACUUUCAUUUUAUACCAACGUGCAAAGUGCCAUUUUUAGAAUCACUUUAACACUUAGUAAUGUCCUUUUAACAUCUGUUACUAUGUUCCUUACCUUCACUACAGAUUGAUUCUACUUUUCUUUUUUCAAUCACCCCCUAUGUGAACUAGUGCCUUUGGGUAGUAUGUAAACAUUUUUCCAAAGGGUUACUCUAAAUGAAAAGGUGUUGCCACAAUUAUGACAUAAUUUUCCAACUUUUAAAUUUCUUAUAAAAAUGUUGUCCAGGUUUCUCUCUAGGAGAUGGACUUAAUGUCUUUAUAGUUAAUGAAUUGAUGGCACUGAACGGACUUGAGAGUGAAUCAAGAGAAAUUAGGAUGAUACCAUUGAGACUAUGAUGGCAUUUGAGUCAGACAGUGAUCUGCUCACAGCAAUGUCAUUACAGGUAUAGAAUCUUAUAGAAGAGAAACAAAGGGUUCAUAAAAAGUUGAGAACUGUUUAGUGAUUAUGUAUUUCACCUGACAUUUACAUGUUCAGGACACUUUGAAUUUGGCAUGUAUCGCUUCCUCAGCCCCCAUGUUCUUUAUCAUCUUCCUACUCAGAUUAUGUAACACAGGCUAAAAUCUAACAUUUCAAUUUUUUAUGGUGAAGUGCUUUCCCCUUAUUUAAAUGAUAGCUGAUGAAGAAGAAUGUUCUAGAAACAGAAAAUGUGGGAAAUGAUUACUUAAAUUGCAAUUAAGGAAAUAAAACCAAGAAUAUAUGGUUCCUUCCUCUGUUCACACUUUGUUAUUUUGGUUUUGCAUUCUUUGAUAAAAUCAAUUUCCCACAAAUCCACUCCA